AUGGCGGCUGGCCGGCGCCUUGCGGGCGACGGCGCGGACGACGGGGAGGGCGAGGACGGCCGCAUCGGCAACCAGCCUGGCGAGGACGACGCCUGCGGCGAAGACCGCCUCGGGAGCUGGAUGGACGGGCCCCCGCCGGGCAUGCUGGGCCUGCCCCAGGGACUGCGCAUCCGCCGGGCGCAGGGCGGGGGGGGGCAGCCGCAGAGCGGCCUCGCCUGCGUCGACGACCCGGCCGCCGCCCUGCCGGCCUUCAGCGGGCGGGAGCGCUGGCUGCUAGGCAUUGCUUGCGUCAUGUGCCUUCUCAUGACGGCCCACUUCUGGUUCCGCCGCGUGGUGCCCGCCACGGAGCCCUGGCGGCAGGGCUGCAGGCAGUGCUCGGACGACUGGUGGGGAGAUUUCUGGCGGUGGCGGCUGGGGGAGCUCCGCGACAUCGGCGCGGACGGCCGGCCGAGGCUGCAGCCGCCCCCGGAGGGCAUGGAGUGGGAGUGGGGCAACCGCAGCGCGGACACGGACUGGUUCAAUGCCAGCGCGGAGCUGGUGCGGGCGGUGGUGCUGCCCCACCUGGACCCGGCCAAGAGCGGCCCGGUGCUCCAAAUAGGCUGCGGCGACUCGCCGCUGCCCGCGCUGCUGCACCAGGCUGGCUUCCGGGACGCGACGCACAUCGACAUUGCACCGCAGGUGGUCGAGGCGAUGCGGGAGCGCUACCCCGCGGCGGACUGGCCCGGCGUCCGCUUCGAGCGGCGCGAUUUCAUGGCCGCCCCCGCGGCGGGCGGCGGAGCGCCCCCGCCAGCGGGGGGCUACUGGCUGGUGGUGGAUAAGGCAGGGAUCUGGGACUGGCUGCAGGAGGAGGCUCCGGCCGGCCUGCCGGUGCUGCUGGACAGGGUGCACGGGGCGCUGGUGCCCCCCCCGCAGCGGGGCCUCUACGUGGUGGUCACGAAGCAGAACCCCGGCCAGCUCGCUGCCGCCCUGGCCAGGGUCGCGGCGGCGGCCCCCGGUGGAGCGGGCGGCCGCUUCGCGGUCGAGGCGAGUCGGCCGCUGGGCAGCAGCGGCCUCGCGUGGGCCUACGUGCUGGUGGCUCUGUGA